AACAAGAGAAAGCAUCUAAAAUUUCAAAAAAAAAAAUUCAAAAUUUAUUUUCUUUCACUUAAACCUUUUUGUAGUUGAUCUUGGAGAGAUCAUCUUGUAUUCAUUAGUUUCAUUUUUUCGUUAAAGACCCAUUGUGACAUUAAUGUGCGAGUCAAAAGGCAACAGAAAGGGGGAGGACAUUGUUAAGGACAAUGUGAUAAUUGUUUAUUUUGUGCCUUACGUUUCUUACGAGAAAUUCAGUUUUGAAGUUCCAAAAGGGAGGAAGGAAGCUGUUCUUGGAACCCAGCCAAGCCGACAGCCCCACUUGGAAAAUUGGAAAUUUCGGAUCUGCCUUGCUCUGCUCCUCACCGCCGGCUGCUCCUGCUUUGUGGGGGCGAAUUGCUUUGAUUUUCUGAAUUUCUUCUUCCAUGCCGCCGGCCUUCCCCCCCAAAUUGCAGCUCCGGCCUUGUUGGUUGGAUUUCUUGAUUCUUGAUCAUUGGUUGCCCUAGCACUUGGAUUGAGUCCUCGGUUUAUGGAGUGAAUUUCCUAUGUUAUGCGAUUUGAGGUAAGUAAAUUUAUGGUAAUGCCCAUACAGUUUUUAAAAGUACGUUUUGAUUUGUUUUUGAAGUGGUGACGGGUCUAAACCCGUCUUAUGCAAAAGUAAGUAUGAUUGAUUUGAAGUGAAAUUUUUAUGCUUUUCAUUAAAUUGAGCACGCCUACUUGAAAUUUAAUUGAUUGUCCUGAUGAUUUGAAAGUGAUUGGUGAAAUAUGAUUUUUCUGUUAACUUAUGCCUGUUUUGUCUCUGAUAUGGUCAUGUUAUUAUUGUGCCCGCUAGUGGGAGGUUUAUAAACGCUAGCACAUGUCGAUAUGUUACUGAUAGAACCGGUUCGUUUCUGUUAUCCUGCUAGUGGGAUUAUACACUAAUAAAUUGUGUGCCUGUCAGUGGGAGGUUUAUAACACUAGCCAUGGCCUAUAGAAGAGACGUCUAUUUCGUUUCCAUACCCGUAUCUGUUUUUCCGUACCCGUAUUUUACUUACUAAGUUUAUCUAAUAGUUUUUCCUUGAUCAUCAUUUCAGGAAGCGAAACCGAGGACGGGGAAACCACGGGAAGUGACGAGUUAGAAGGCUAGCCAUUUCGAGAUUGAUAUAGAUUUUAGAUAUAAAUCAUGAUCUUGUAAACUAGAGUGUAUUUGGAGAUUUUAUGAUAUUUGAGCAGAUUUAAAAUUUUAUCUUCAGAUUUUGGUGAUAUUAGAUUGUGGUAUGAUAAGUUCCGAGCCUUGUGCAUUUGUAAGACCCUCUCACAAGUGCACGGCGUUUGUCGCGCCUCGGAUUUAGGUUUUAGAGCAUGACAAGAACAGAUCAUGAACAUCUACGAAAUAAGUCUCCAUGUAUCAGUAGUGCAAAUGAUUAGAAAUAUUUGGUUAAUCUUUUUAGCAAAGAUUAUCAAGCUAAUCAAAUUAUUUAAUUUUC